UGUGUUGGCUGAAAGCCUGGCCCUGUGUCCCCACCCUCUACUCUCAAACCCAGAUGUGAAGCAUUCCCGAGCAGACUCUAGUCUCUUUGGUCUCUGCCCCUUUCUCUGUGUCUGUCUGAGUAUCUCUGUCCCUCUGUAAUUCUCUCCUUCUCCUUAUCCCAGUUGUUAGAACACCGCCCUAGAGAACCAGGGAUGAAAGCGUAGUCCGGACCCAAUGACCCAGGACAAGACUGGAGGCUCUCUAGCAUUCUCUUGCUUCAUCAGAAAUCCACCCAGAAACCUGACACCAGCACUCUGACCCCAUCUGCAGAAACCCUAGCCCCUUCCUGAGAAGGGAAGUCUACUGAAGAGAUUAUAAAAGGUGAAGUGGGAAAGAGUGAGCACUCUUCAGGGGCAAAAGAAAACAGACAGCUGUGUAGGCAGAAUGGAGGGCAAGGUAUACAUGAGAGGUGAGGACUACGAAAAAGAGUUCCUUCCCAAAGACUACCUGACCACCUUCUACAGCUUUGCCUCUGGCACCAUGGCAGAGCAGGAAAUCGUAAAGUUUAGCCUGCAGAACCUCUACCAGACCUUCUCUACAGGAGGUGUAGGGGGCGAGGUCCUGAUCGACAUUGGCUCUGGCCCCACGAUCUACCAGCUGCUUUCAGCAUGCGAGGUCUUCCGGGAGAUCAUUGCCACUGACUACACCCCGCAGAACCUGCAGGAGCUGCAGAAAUGGCUGAAGAAGGAGCCAGGAGCCUAUGACUGGUCCUCCAUAGUGCAGCAUGUGUGUGAGCUGGAGGGAGACAGAAGCAGGUGGCAGGAGAAGGAGGCCAAGCUCCGAAGGACAGUCACUCGUGUACUGAGGUGUGAUGUGACCAAGACACCCCCACUGGGGUCAGCUCAAGUGCCUCUGGCUGACUGUGUGCUGACCUUUCUGGCCAUGGAGUGUGCCUGUCCUGAUGUGGAUACCUACCGGGCAGCCUUGCGCAGACUGGCUGGCCUGCUGAAGCCAGGAGGGCACCUGGUGACCUUGGUUACCCUGCGCUUCCAGCAUUACAUGGUGGGCCCCAAGAAGUUCUCUGGGGUCUACCUGGAGAAGGAGACAGUGGAGAAGGCUAUCCAAGAUGCUGGUUGCCAGGUACUGAGGUGCAACUGCGUCUCCCUCAGCUACUCAGAGGCCUACUGUGUCAACGAUGGUUUAUGCUUCGUGGUUGCCCGAAAGGGUCCCAGUGCCUGAGGCCACAGGUAGAGAUUAGCCUUCCCCCGGGGAAGUUACAGCAAUCAUUUGUAUAGCCUUACUUCACAGCUUUCUAACACUGACCGCGUUGCUUCUGUCUCUUACCCGGUCACAAGGAAAAACCCAGGCUUUUCUCUUUUCAGUCCCCAAACCCUCCCUUUUGCUUCUUUUGUACCCUGAUCAAAGCUCAUUAAAAUAAAGUGUCUUCUCUGGA